AUGGACACGCAGGCAUCAGCAGAUGGGUUGGGCAAUUUGAUCGAAGUCUUGAAACAGCCUCGGGUACUAUCCUGCGCUCAGUGUCAACAUCGCAAGGUAAAAUGCGAUCGCUGCAGCCCAUGUUCCAACUGCGCCAAGGCGGAGGUUCUCUGCACACCUAGUACGCCGGCGCCGGCGCGGAAGAGACGCGCGACGAAGCAGGAUCUUCUCGAGCGAGUGGAGCGAUGUGAAGCCUUGCUCAAGGGAUAUGCGCCAGUCGUCGACAGACCGCAGACACCUAGUUCGAGCAACCAUGUGCCAGACGAUCCGCCCGGCGCCUCUUUUGAACCCAGCUCGUCGGCGCAGGAACUGAACGCAUCAUACAUCACAACAAGAAAUGAUGGCAGUGUCAGAUUCACUGAUAGUUUCGGCACUGUUGUCAUGCAUGAGGAGUUGGUUGCUAUUCAGAAUAGCAUCAAGUGGGAUGACUCUGCGGAUGAAGGGCCCAUAGAGAGCAUAUAUGAGUCACCGUACAAGAGACUCCCGAUCACCGAGUUUAAGACCUCGGCGUCCGACACACCAGACACUCAGCCCGGCCCUGUUGAAGCCAUGAAUCUCUGGGAGCAUUUCAUUGAGAGAGUUAAUCCCUUGACAAAAAUUGUCCAUGUUCCAACUCUGGAACCGUAUGUAAUGAGAGCGGCGGUGGGGAUGCACUUGGUCCCUAUUGAGUACCAAGCGCUCCUCUAUUCGAUAUAUGCGAUGGCUGUGAUAUCCAUGUCAGAGAAAGAGUGUUUUGACUUGCUAGGACACAGCCGCGAUACCAUGCUGAAACACUAUGGUGGCAGUACCAAGAGGGCACUGAUGAAGUAUAAUCAUAGGGAGAAUUACACAAUGAUCACCCUUCAAACAUUGAUACUGUAUUUGUUAACCCUCGAGGACAGAAUUCACAGACACGCUUCCUGGGUCACCAGCGGUAUCGUAGUAAGGAUGGCGUACUCCAUGGGCUAUCACCGCGACGGAGAAUGCCUUGGACUGGGUCCAUUCGAAACCGAAAUGCGUCGCAGAAUUUGGUGUCAGAUCAUUAUCCAGGAUGCUAAGAAUGCUCUCUUGUCUGGACUCAGUGCCGCUAUGCUCCCCAUCCAAUGGGAUACAAAGCCGCCCUUGAAUAUAAACGACGCUGACAUGAGCCCCAGUAGCGGCUCUCCAAUAGUAUCUCGCGAGGGGCCGACUGAAAUGGCAUAUGUCCUCGUUGCGCGAUUGAUUUACGCGUACAAGAUUGACUGUGACAACCAUAUAGACACGCCUACCAACGAAGCAAUCUUACUGGGGAUGAGCUUGACAAACGAUGAAAAUACCGACCGAGCUGUGUUUGGAAAGUUUCGGGAACAAUCCGAGGAACUAAGGCGAGCGCUAGAGAGCUACACGGUAAAGUAUAUCGGCGACGGGGCUGGAAAAGUCCACGUGGCGGCUACCAUUUUGAAGACAACCAUUCUGGAGAAACUCGACGAUGCGCUCAGCCCAAUAAAGGAGCAAGAAGAAUGGGGAGUCGAGAUCUUUAACUGGAAAGACAACCUGUUCAAGAUGAUUAUACUGAGCAUGGAAUACCAAUGUAAUGCGCAUGAUAAAAUGGCAGCUGUCGGGUUCGAAUGGUAUAUGAGGCUGCAAUUCUACCCCGAUAUGCUCGCUUCCUUGACCAGCCAGCUGUACCGGCGCCCCCUGGGAUCUCUCUCUGACCGUGGCUGGCGGGCUGUGGAAAGGCUCCAUGGGCAUUACCCCGAGUUAUUUGACAUGAGCCAAAGACAGCAACUUAUGCAGGCGCAGUUCACGCUCAAAGCUUGGGAGGCCCGGAAGAUAGCGGUGGCUCAACGAGGGGGUAGCUUGGAAACGCCUGCAUAUAUUGUGCAACUUGGACAGGCGCUGUCAGAGAUGGAGGCUCAAAAGGCCGGGAAGCCGAUAGACUGGAACGCACUAUGGACUGAUUUGCAGCCUUUCGGGGAUGAGCUGAAUUCGUUUAUGGGCGAAGAAUUUGUACAGAUGAGCGACGGCCCGAGUGCUCGUGGCCAUGGAUUAGUUUAA